AUCUCCCUCCUCCUGCCCCCCCCCACCUCAGUGGCUCCUCCAUCUCCCUCCUCCUGCCCCCCCCACCUCAGUGGCUCCUCCAUCUCCCUCCUCAUCUUUCACUGGGAUCAGGUUCCUGAGCUGAAGAGCAGCCGUCACAGCAGAGAGCUGCCGGCCGGAGCCACCAUGGCAAAGUUCCUGACCCAGGAUCAGAUUAACGAGUUUAAAGAGUGUUUCUCUCUGUACGACUGCCAGCGGAGAGGAAAGAUCAAAGCUCAGGAGCUGAUCACAGUGAUGCGAUGUCUCGGCUCCAACCCCACCCCCCCCGAGGUCCAACGACACCUGCUGAGCCACAACAUAGGUCAGGGGGGGGAGCUGGACUUCUCCACCUUCCUGAGCGUCAUGCACCGGCAGCUUCAGCAGGAGGCGCCGGAGCAGGAGAUCCUGCAGGCCCUGAAGAUGGCCGACAAAGAGCACAAAGGCUUCGUCCUCGCCACUGAGCUGCGAGCGACACUCACCGGGCUCGGAGAGAAACUGACCAACACAGAAGUGGACGAGCUGCUGAAGGAGGCGGGUGUUGGGGCAGAUGGGCGGGUCCAUUGUGAACAGUUUGCUAAAGCGGUGACGCGCUCGUCUGCAAAACGCUGACGUCACUGCCCACAUCAUCACCGCUGUGACGACCUUCUCCUUUUAGAGGUCAUCUGUCAUUGGACGUUAAUCUGGUACCCGAGGCUCCAUCGAUUCAAUUUAACGGUUUUAGUUUCUUCAAUUUGUUUGAUCGUGCUCAAUGUAAGCUGAGAGUGAGCGCCCCCUCCUGGAUCACAAGGCAAAGUAUACACUUGUAGACGAAUAUUUUCUAUUUGAACUAAAAUCUGUCAAUUUAAUCAAUUAAUAAAAGGGAGAUCCCCAAAUAUAAUGUU